AUGAACGGCGCCCAAUUCACAGACCGGGCCAACAAGGCCUUGCUGGAUUCCAGCGCUUUGGCCGAGCAAUACGCUCACUCCCAAAUCAUCCCCCUUCACUUAGCGGUCGCACUCCUCAACCCCUCCCAGGAUGAUGCCGACGAACAGCAGCCGGCUGGACACUCUUCCCACGAUUCUGCCUCCGCGCCACUAUUCCGUCAGGUGGUAGAGAAAGCUCACGGUGACCCUCAACUACUCGAUCGAUCAUUGAUGAAGUUGUUGGUCCGCAUGCCGAGUCAAGAUCCUCCCCCCGAAACCGUUAGCGUCUCCCCAGCAUUGGCAAAGGUUAUUCGGUCAGCAACCGAUUUAUCCAAGACACAAAAGGAUAGCUUCGUUGCUGUUGAUCACCUGAUUCAAGCUACAUCACAAGAUUCUCAGGUGCAGCGUGCCCUCGCCGAUGCCAACAUCCCUAAUGUCAAGUUAAUCGACACUGCAGUGCAGCAAAUUCGGGGCACCAAGCGCGUAGACUCGAAAACUGCAGACUCCGAGAGCGAAAAUGAGAACUUGAAGAAAUUCACCAUCGACAUGACCUCGCUAGCACGCGAAGGCAAGAUUGAUCCUGUCAUCGGUCGUGAGGAAGAAAUUCGCCGUGUCAUUCGUAUCCUGAGCCGUCGCACUAAGAACAACCCCGUCCUCAUCGGUGAACCUGGUGUGGGUAAGACUACAAUUGUUGAGGGUCUUGCUCGCCGUAUCGUCAAUGCAGACAUCCCUGCCAACCUUGCACAAUGCCGGCUACUCUCCCUUGAUGUCGGAUCCCUGGUUGCGGGCAGCAAGUUCCGCGGUGAGUUCGAGGAACGCAUGAAGGGUGUGCUCAAAGAAAUCGAGGACUCUAAGGACACUAUCGUUCUCUUCGUCGACGAGAUCCACCUCCUCAUGGGUGCCGGGUCUAGCGGUGAGGGUGGCAUGGAUGCGGCGAACCUUCUCAAGCCUAUGUUGGCUCGCGGCCAACUCCACUGUAUUGGUGCUACGACACUGACCGAAUACCGCAAGUAUAUCGAGAAGGACCAAGCCUUUGAACGACGAUUCCAGCAAGUUCUCGUUAAAGAGCCUUCGAUUCCAGAGACCGUUUCCAUCCUCCGUGGCCUGAAAGAGAAAUAUGAAGUCCACCAUGGCGUAAACAUUCUCGAUGGUGCUAUUGUUAGUGCCGCGACUCUUGCUUCACGAUACUUGACAGGACGUCGUCUUCCUGAUUCUGCUGUUGAUUUGAUCGACGAGGCGGCUGCUGCUGUUCGUGUAACCCGCGAGUCCGAACCGGAAGAACUGGACACGCUUGAACGUAAGCAUCGUCAGCUCCAGAUCGAAAUUAAUGCCUUGGAGCGCGAGAAAGACGAAGCAUCCAAAACCCGGCUUGAAGCUGCCAAACAAGAAGCCGCCAAUGUCUCUGAGGAGCUUCGUCCCAUGCGAGAGAAGUAUGAGAGCGAAAAACAACGGAGCAAGGAGGUUCAAGAUGCGAAGAUCAAGCUCGACUCCCUCAAGGUCAAGCGUGACGAGGCAGAGCGCAUGGGUGACACCAUGACCGCUGCCGAUCUUGAAUACUACGCUAUCCCCGAAACCAAGCAACUGAUCGACCGACUUGAAGCGGAUCGCGCGAAGGCCGAUGCUGAGCGCCGUGCUACCCAAGGCGAAGCUGGUGAGGCUUUACUUGCUGAUGCUGUUGGCCCUGACCAGAUCAACGAAAUUGUUGCACGAUGGACUGGAAUCCCCGUUACUCGACUCAAGACAACGGAGAAAGACAAGUUGCUCAACAUGGAAAAGUACCUAGGUAAACUCGUCAUUGGUCAAAAGGAAGCCGUUGUUUCUGUUUCAAACGCUAUCCGGCUUCAACGUUCCGGUCUCAGCAACCCGAAUUCACCCCCCAGUUUCCUCUUUUGUGGUCCUUCGGGUACCGGUAAGACCUUACUUACCAAGGCCCUCGCUGAAUUCCUCUUCGACGACCCCAAAUCGAUGAUCCGGUUCGAUAUGUCUGAAUACCAGGAGCGUCACUCUCUGAGCCGAAUGAUUGGUGCUCCCCCAGGCUAUGUCGGCCACGACGCUGGCGGUCAGCUCACAGAAAGUCUCCGUCGUCGCCCCUUCUCCAUCCUGUUAUUUGAUGAAGUCGAAAAGGCCGCGAAGGAGGUUCUCACUGUUCUACUUCAGCUUAUGGAUGACGGUCGUAUUACCGACGGCCAAGGCCGCAUCGUCGACGCGAAGAACUGUAUUGUCGUUAUGACCUCCAAUCUGGGCGCAGAGUUUCUAGCUCGACCAACUACGAGAGAUGGCCGCAUCGACCCACAGACACGCGAGCUAGUUUUGGGUGCUCUACGCAACUACUUCCUGCCCGAAUUCCUCAACCGUAUCUCCAGCACGGUCAUCUUCAACCGACUCACUAGGAAGGAGAUCCGCAAGAUUGUGGAUCUGCGACUGGAUGAAGUUCAGAAGCGACUUGAACAUAACGAUCGAAAUGUCUUGAUUCGUUGUACAGAAGAGGUCAAGGACUAUCUUGGUGCUUCUGGUUACUCCCCUGCCUAUGGUGCCCGUCCAUUGGGCCGUAUCAUUGAAAAAGAGGUCCUCAACCGUCUCGCUGUUCUCAUUCUUCGUGGUAGCAUCAAAGAUGGAGAGCAAGCUCGAGUCGUCAUGAUUGACGGCCGCAUUGAUGUUUUGCCUAACCACGAGAUUGGCGAGAGCGAUUCUGACUCUGACUCCGAAAUGGUUGAUUCCGACGAUGCUCUUGCCGAAAUGGAGGAUGGUAGCGGUGACAUGGAUCUGUAUGACGAGUAA